GACAACCUCAGAUCCUAUGUGCGAGAUCACGGCCUGCGCAGCUGACCCCAAGGGUUUGCUGUGCCUGCGGCAGGAGUGUAUGGGCUACAAAGAAGUUCCUGGAAAGCGCCCGCAGAAUCACAUCAGACAGACACCCCUUGCCAUACUGGCAUUCCGACAACAGCAUUCCAAGAGACAGUUCUGGCACCCCCUACUUCCUGAGGGUCAAGCAGCAAAUCUCCACACCCGACCGAAUCAGGAGCAUCCCCAUGAAGGCAUUCCUACAAUUGAUCAAUGACACCCCAAACUGCGAAUACCAUCAAGAAACAAGAAACCUUCACAAGAACUGGGCUGCCAACAUCAUUGCAACAGAGAACGGCAACUUGUUGAAGUGUGUCUUCAACGACGCGGAUGGGACAGUGAAGCUUCUCAUCCGGGAGGAUCUAUUCCCAAUGGCCGAAGAAGGAUUAGCAACUGCUUGGAAAAAAGUAACAACACGACACUCAGACGAAGACUUCACAACGCAAAAAGGAAAAGGAAAGGGAAAGGCAAAAUCCUCCUCAAGCACAGCCCGAGGCGUCCAAGAUUACCUCUACAAGGUGCAUUUGGUAAGG